UAACUUUACAGCUGGCUAGCGAUCUACACAGUGGAUGUGUUAAAAUAAUUUUUUGGGAUUGACCCCCCCCCAAAAAGAAAAAUAAGGUUCUCGUCAGCUAGCCUGCGUCAUUGGAUCAGCCAUGGGAAAGGGUGGUGGUACAUUUGAGAGGCUUCUUGAUAAAGCAACCAGUCAGCUGCUGCUGGAGACAGACUGGGAGUCCAUCCUGCAGAUCUGUGAUCUCAUUCGUCAAGGAGACACACAGGCGAAGUAUGCCAUCGGAGCCAUUAAGAAGAAGCUGAUGGAUAAGAACCCGCAUGUGGCCCUUUAUGGUCUUGAGGUGUUGGAGUCAGUAGUGAAGAACUGUGGUCAGACGGUCCAUGAUGAGGUGGCCUGUAAAACCACCAUGGAGGAGCUGAAGGAUCUACUGAAGACGGAGCCCAACGUGAGGAAUAAGAUCCUUUACCUGAUCCAGGCCUGGGCCCACGCCUUCCGCAACGAGCCCAAAUACAAGGUGGUUCAGGACACGUACCAGAUCAUGAAGGUGGAGGGUCACGUGUUUCCAGAGUUCAAGGAGAGUGACGCCAUGUUUGCUGCAGAGAGAGCUCCAGAUUGGGUGGAUGCGGAGGAGUGUCAUCUGCUGCCGGGUUCAGUUUGGAGGAUGACUGGAAAGCACCACUGUAGAGCCUGUGGUCAGAUCUUCUGUGGAAAGUGUUCCUCCAAGUACUCCACCAUCCCCAAGUUUGGAAUCGAGAAGGAAGUGCGUGUGUGUGAGCCCUGCCAUGAGCUGCUCAACAAGAAAGCUGAAGGGGGUAAACCCGUCGGGACAUCCACGUCCGUGACCCCAGGCCCGGCAGAGCUGCCCCCAGAGUACCUGACCAGCCCCCUGUCCCAGCAGUCUCAGGUGCCCCCCAAACGGGACGAGGCGGCCCUGCAGGAGGAGGAGGAGCUUCAGCUGGCCAUCGCCCUAUCACAGAGCGAGGCUGAGGAGAAGGAGAGGAUGAGACAGAAGAACUCGUACGGGGUCUACCCCAAAGCUGACCCCGCCCCAGUCACCUCCUCAGCCCCGCCCGUCAACUCACUCUACUCCUCUCCUGUGAACUCAUCUGCUCCCUCAGCUGAAGAUGUCGACCCUGAGUUGGCUCGCUACCUGAACAGAACGUACUGGGAGAAGAAACAGGAAGAGGCACGCAAGAGUCCCACCCCCUCUGCCCCUGCCCCCGUACCAUUGGCUACUGAGCCCCUGCCAAUCAGCCAGCCCCAGCCAGUGGAAACGGUGGCACCACUCCCAGCACCAGUCGUCAUGGCCCCUCCUCCAGUCAACAUAGUGGAGCAGUAUCAGAACGGUGAGUCGGAGGAGAACCACGAUGCGUUCCUGAAGGCUCUGCAGAACGCGGUCACCACCUUCCUGAACCGUAUGAAGAGUAACCACAUGCGCGGUCGCAGCAUCACCAACGACAGCGCCGUGCUCUCCCUCUUCCAGUCCAUCAACACCAUGCACCCCCAGCUACUGGACAUCCUCAAUCAGCUGGACGAGAAGAGACUGUACUACGAGGGUCUGCAGGACAAGCUGGCCCAGGUGCGUGAUGCGAGAGCCGCCCUGAACGCCCUACGAGACGAGCACAGAGAGAAGCUGCGUCGUGCUGCCGAGGAGGCGGAGAGACAGAGACAGAUCCAGCUGGCCCAGAAACUAGAGAUCAUGAGACAGAAGAAACAGGAGUACCUAGAGAUGCAGCGUCAGCUGGCCAUCCAGCGACUCCAGGAGCAGGAGAAGGAGAGACAGAUGAGGCUGGAGCAACAGAAACACACCAUCCAGAUGAGAGCCCAGAUGCCUGCCUUCCCCAUGCCCUACCCACAGAUGCAGUCUUUGCCCCCCAACGUGGCAGGAGGGGUGGUGUACGGGCAGCCGGGGGGACCCCCCAGUUACCCAGGCACCUUUAGCCCCUCAGGGUCAGUGGAGGGGUCGCCCAUGCACAACGUCUACAUGAACCAGCCUGGACCAGGACAGUACCAGGCCAUGCCUCCAGACCCCAACAUGUACAUGUACCAGCCUGCAGGAACCAAUGGGCAGCCUGCACCCCCUGGCCAGGCCCCGCCCACUACUAGCCCCGCCUACUCUAACUACCAGCCCACACCCACACAGGGAUACCAGAACGUGGUGUCCCAGGCCCAGUCUCUGCCCCCCAUGUCCCAGGCCCAGUCUCUGCCCCCUAUGUCCCAGCCUCCUCCCACUAACGGUAUGUCCUACGUGGCCUACCCUCCACCCUACGCCAUGCAGAGUAUGAUGGCAGCCCUACCUGGGCAGGACCCCAACAUGCCCCCACAACAACCCUACAUGCAGGGCCCAGGACAACAGCCCAUGUACCAACAGAUGGCUCCCCCUGGUGGCCCCCAGCAGCAGGUUCAGCAGCAGCAGCCUCCGCAGGUCCAUCCAGGCAGCGAGGCACAGCUCAUCUCCUUCGACUGAUCCAUCCACCUGGCUAGCUCAGCUUAACGUUACCACCUGCUGCUGGCAGGGUUCAACACACUACACCCUCUCUC